AUGGCACUACGAAAGAAAAAAGAAGGUAAACAUAUCAAACAUAGUCCCAAUAUAAAUAUUCAAUCAGAAACUCAAUUCAAUUCAACUUUUUUAGUAAAAUCAUCAACUCCAUAUGUAUCAGCAUUAAAAAAGAUUGAUAAAAUAUUAACAAAAUUUAAUAAAUCUAAAAAUCAACACCAAAAUUCAAAUUCAAGUUCAAAUAAAAAAUUUCAAAAUGAAAAUUAUAAAAAAUUAAAAUAUAUAACGGUAAAGGGAAUGGGAAAAACAAUUGAAAAAACUUUAAAAAUUGCAAUGAAUUUUAAAUUUGAAUUGAAUUAUAAAGUUGAUAUUAUAACUGGUAGUAUUCAAGUUUUAGAUGAAUUUGAAAAAAAAUCAGAACCAAUGAGUAUUGAAGAAAAGAAUGCUAUAGCAUUUAGUAUUGCUAAUGAGGAUGAUGAUAAAGAUAAUGAUGAUGAACCUGAAAGAGAAUAUCAAAAACGUAUGGUUAGUUAUGUUGAAGCUAGAAUUUGGUUAAAACGUGAAUGA